UUCCUUGAUUCCCACACAGGCAAAAUGAGGCUCAUCAUCAGAGAUGACGACGAGCAAGCCAGCCGUUAUGUGGCAAACUACAUCGUUGAACGGAUCAACCACUUCCAACCCACAGCAGCACACCCGUUUGUGCUCGGCCUCCCGACAGGGUCCAGUCCGUUGGGUAUCUACAGAAUACUAGUGGAGAAGUACAAAGCCGGGGAGAUCUCAUUCGAAAAUGUCGUCACGUUCAACAUGGAUGAGUACAUCGGGAUCCCUCGGGACCACCCCGAGAGCUACCACUCCUUCAUGUGGAAGCAUUUCUUUUCACACGUUAACGUCAACCCGGCCAACGUCCACAUCUUGGACGGCAAUGCGCCAAACCUCGAGGCCGAGUGCGUUGCCUACGAGGAGUCCAUCCGCCGAGCUGGCGGCAUCGACCUCUUCCUGGCCGGCAUCGGCGAGGAUGGCCACAUCGCCUUCAACGAGCCGGGCUCCUCGCUAGCGUCUCGCACGCGGGUCAAGACGCUUGCGUACGACACCAUCCUGGCCAACUCGCGCUUCUUCGGCAACGACAUGGAAAAGGUCCCCAAGAUGGCCUUGACCGUGGGCGUGCAGACAGUGCUCGAGGCUCGCGAGGUGGUCGUCAUAAUCCUGGGCGCACGCAAGGCCUUGGCGCUGCAGAGGUGCCUCGAGCAGGGGGUCAACCACAUGUGGACUCUGUCGAGCCUGCAGCUGCACCCUCACCCAAUGAUAGUGUGCGACGAGGAUGCUACCCUGGAACUGCAGGUAAAAACAGUCAAGUACUUCAAGAGCAUCGAGCAGGUGGCAAAGACGCAAGGGUUCGAACAGAUACUCCCCUCCAAGAUGCGCACAGGCACCGUCCCCAUCGCACCCCGUGUCGUUUUGGACGAGGAGGUGCAGGCACCGACCGUGCACGCACCAAAGCCCGUGACCUCGUCACUCCUGCACGCGCUGACGCCUGCUGCCGAGUAUCCCGUGCGGUCCGUCUCGCCGGACCUGGUUCCUGACCGCAUGGGUUCCCGCAUCCCGGGCGACUCGGAAGCCGCUUUCCACAGGCGGUUGACGCCCAACCCGGAACAGCAGGAUCUUCAUAAGCAAAAGUUGAGUCACGCGUUUGUCUCGACCCAGCUUGUGGCUUGAUUGGGGGGAAGCUGCUGCCUAGGUAUUAUUCUGGCAUUUGUUGGUGCGUUUGAGUAUGCGAUCACAGGUAUACAAAAAGACCAUCAUCAUUGUCAAGGUGAAAACGAGGGAUGUUGUCAGAUUGUCUGUACAUUAAUUAGGCAAGUUUGAUCACUGCGUGUCUGUGGUUUUAUACCGAGAUCAGCACUAGCAAAGUCCAAACAUGUAGUCAGGCCUAGAUAGCAGUGUCAUGUACAAACUAGACUGUAUAUAAUCAUUAGCGUGACGCAAGCUUACUUGAAAACCAC